CUCUAAGAACCAGUGUAGUUAGCGAACGAGCGUGGCAUCGCGCGUCGUUUCAACUUGUACAUGCCAAAGUUUUUAUAACAUAAUUAAUUUAGUGAUGUCAGUGAAUUGAACCUUUAAAUUUGGUGCAGUAAAUAUAAACAUGAAGUGCCAAAUAGUCGUGUUGUGUUUGUCCCUACUGUGGAGUUACGUAGUUUCAGAAACCUGCCAGACGCCACUCGGUGCUACGAGCAAAUGUGUAUCCCUCUACGAUUGUAAGGAACUCGUCAGUGCGUUUGAGACUCGGCCGUUGCCGAAUGCUGUAGUCAGUUUUCUCAGACAGUCUCAGUGCGGCUUCGAAGGCUAUGUGCCAAGAGUUUGUUGUGGACCCUUACCCGCUACGGGACCUACCACUACGCUGCCUCCAAAGACAACGAGAGCACCUAUCGCUACUGGAGUCGUAGACCCAGUGAACCCGGAAGACUCAUUCCCCACGCCUCAAGACAAGUGUGGCAUUGAUACGAACGGGGACAGAAUAUACGGUGGACAAUUCACGGACUUAGAUGAAUACCCAUGGAUGGUGCUUAUGGGAUACUUAACAAAGGAAGGAAAAAUGUCUUAUCAAUGUGGUGGAGUUUUGAUUAACAAACGGUACGCUUUGACUGCUGCUCACUGCGUCAUCGGUGAAAUAGAAAAUGCUGUAGGCAAACUGAAAUCUGCUCGCUUAGGUGAAUAUGACAUUCAAACUGAUGUCGAUUGUAUUGACAACGAAUGCGCAGAACCUUACCAGGAACUUCCUGUCAUGUCGGCACACCCCCACCCUGGUUUUGUUGACGGAAAAAUCAACAGAGAAGAUGACAUUGCCAUCGUGAGAUUUGCACAGCGCGCUAGAUAUACUUAUUUCGUGCAACCUAUUUGUUUGGUAGACCCUAACUUGCGUUUGGCAGAAGGUUCUGAUGUAUAUGUUGCUGGUUGGGGAAAAACCUUGCUCGGAACUCGCAGUCCAGUAAAACUAAAGCUCGGUAUGCCAAUAUUCAAUAGAUCUAAAUGUUUCGAGAAAUACAAGAAGGUUGGCGCUGAAUUAACUGAGAAGCAAAUCUGUGCUGGUGGCGCGUUCGCUGAAGAUGCCUGUCGUGGUGAUUCUGGUGGACCAUUGAUGAGAAGAAGACCGAAUGGUGUCUGGGAGUCCGUGGGUGUGGUUUCCUUUGGAUAUGGCUGCGGUCGGGAUGGAUGGCCCGGAGUCUACACAUCGGUCGCGAAAUACUUGCCUUGGAUAAAGGAAACGAUACGCUCUACCAACGUUUAAAUAAAAAAUAAUUACGUCAUACAAAAGAUUACGUAUGACAAGAAACAAUUUCCUGUACAAUACAUGAAUUAACAAAAGUUUCUUCCGUAUAACACGUUAAGAAGAUAGUCUUAAUAAAAAGAUUAAUAAUA